CCCUGACAAACCGUCAGAAACCAUCCGAUCGCUUCGGCUCUGGAAUAAUAGUUUUUCCGUGCUUUCCCUUUGGCUAGGAUUGCCCCAUCCGGACGACGCUCCGAAUCAACUGUCGCUCUGCCCGCCCCCCCUGAGCGAACGUUAGUCAUUCAGCUUCACCGGAUUCUCCAUCAGAUGCAAAUUAGCGCCCUCAAGAGAACCCGUAAGCCCGAACUCAUCCAUCUCAUCACAUCAACAAGAACGCGGCAGAGUUCGACAGCAGCGUGAUAGGCGCAGAGAUGGAUAAUGAUCCGCCUUCAGGAUCCGAGACAGAGUCAAUCAUCGUUGCGCGAAAGGCUAGCAACAGAAACAGCAGUGCCGCCAAGGCGCUGAAGAACAUCCCUUCUAUCGAGGAUGACGUCUCCUAUCUCCAACCGGACUUCGACCCCAACAGCCUCCCAGUCCCGAAACUUCGCAACAUUUUCCUAGCGCACGACGUAGCCUACAGGUCUGCAAAGACAAAGGCCGAAUUGGUGGACCUGUUUGUGAGAGAGGUUGCGCCGAGAGCAGCAGCCACGUUGGAAGCCAUGACGCGUGUCAAACGUUCGGACAGAGGCAUUGUUGACGUCGGCCGUUAGACAACGAGACGAUCGGUGGGGGAGGAUAGUUACGACUCGCGCGUCGAUGGAAGUGUGUCACAGGAAAAGGCAUCCGGACCUCGAUCUCGGAGCGCUAUGCAUUGGCGAAUGCGAUGACAUUCUUAUGGACCUGGCCCUAUUUUCCACAAAUAGGACUUGGGAGAAACAAUGCACUCUUCGG